AUGAGGGCGCCGCUCCUCUACUUCACUGCCUCUGGCGCCUUGGCCCUAGUGAAGCUGCUGCUACCGCUACUGAUGGUGCAACUCUGGGGCUCACAGGCUUUGCUGCUCCCGGGAAACGCCACGCGCGUGGACCUUGAGACAUCUACCGUCCCAUGCACGCGUGACUCGCAGCCCUGGCAGGUGUCCCUCUUCCAUAACCUCCAGUUCCAAUGCGCGGGUGUCCUCGUGGAUCAGAGCUGGGUGCUCACGGCUGCACACUGCUGGAGAAAGAAGCCAUUGAGGGCUCGAGUUGGGGAUGACCACCUGCUGCUUUUCCAGAAAGAGCAGCUUCGGUCCACGAAUUCCCCCGUUUUCCACCCCAAGUACCAGCCUUGCUCAGGCCCCAUCCUGCCGCACCGCUCAGAUGAGCAUGACCUCAUGAUGCUGAAGCUGAGCAGUCCUAUCGUGCCAACGCCCAGCGUGCAUCCUAUCCAACUGCCCUUCCAGUGCGCCCAGCCAGGGCAGGAGUGCCAGGUUGCAGGCUGGGGGACCACAGCUGCCCGCAGAGUGAAGUACAACAGGAGUCUGAGCUGCUCCAGGGUAACUCUCCUUAGCCAGAAGCAGUGUGAGGUCUUCUACCCUGGUGUAAUCACCAACAACAUGAUUUGUGCUGGGCUGGACAGAAACCAGGACUCUUGCCAGAGUGACUCUGGUGGCCCACUGGUGUGUGACGACACUCUGCAUGGCAUCCUCUCCUGGGGCAUUUACCCCUGUGGUGCUGCCCUGCACCCAGCUGUCUACACUGAGAUCUGCAAAUACAGUACCUGGAUCCGGAGAGUCAUUCGUUCCUCAUGA